AUGCUGGGGAGGAAGGAUGGCCUAGUGGUUGACACCAGCCUGCAGGUGGUCCUGAACUCCCUCAUCAAGGCCAUGGUGCCCCUGCUCCACAUCGCCCUACUGGUCCUCUUCAUGAUCAUCAUCUACGCCAUCGUUGGGCAGGACCUGUUCAAGGGAAAGUUGCACAAGACUUGCUACUACAUCGGGACAGGUCUGGAACAUAUCAUUGCCAAAGGGGAAAUGGAGAAGCCAUCCCCGUGCACCACCACCGGCCACGGGUAUCACUGCACCCUCAACGGCACUGAGUGCAGGAGUGGGUGGCCAGGGCCCAACAACGGCAUCCCCCAUUUUGAUAAUUUUGGCUUCGCCAUGCUGACUGUGUACCAGUGCAUCACCAUGGAGGGCUGGACGGAAGUCCUCUACUGGGUGAACGACGCCAUCGGGAACGAGUGGCCCUGGAUCUAUUUCGUCAGCCUCAUUCUGCAGGGCUCUUUCUUCGUUCUCAACCUGGUGCUGGGCGUGCUCAGCGGGGAGUUCACCAAGGAGUGUGAGAAGGCCAAGUCACGGGGCACGUUCCAGAAGCUGCGAGGAAAGCAGCAGCUGGAGGAGGAUCUGAAGGUCUACAUGGACUGGAUCACCCAUGCCGAAGUCAUGGACAGCCACCGGGCCAGGGAAGAAGGGAUGCUGCCAUCAGAGGAAGGGGGUUCAGAGACCGAGAGCCUGUAUGAAAUUGAGGGCAUGAACAAAUGGAUUCUCUUCUUCCGGCAGUGGAGGCGAUGGAACCGCCUGUUCCGCAGGAAGUGCCGCGAGGUGGUGAAGUCCAAGUUUUUCUAUUGUCUGGUGAUCCUGCUCAUCUCUCUGAAUACCCUGUCAAUCGCCUCCGAGCAUCACUGGCAGCCCGAGUGGCUGACUCGUGUGCAAGACAGUGCCAACCGGGUGCUGCUGGCUCUCUUUGCGGCCGAGAUGCUGCUGAAGAUGUAUGCGCUGGGCCUGCGCCAGUACUUCAUGUCCCUCUUCAACGGCUUCGACUGCUUCGUGGUGUGCGUCGGCAUCCUGGAGAUUAUCCUGGUGGAGAUCAACGUCAUGUCACCCCUGGGCAUCUCCAUCCUGCGGUGCAUUCGCCUGCUGAGGAUCUUCAAGAUAACCAGAUAUCUGCUCAAUGUCUUCCUGGCCAUCGCUGUGGACAAUCUGGCCUAG